AUGGAGGAAAACGUUUCAGAGAUCAAUCAUAUCAAGGACAAGCUUACCAUAACACGCGUUGAUUUUGAUCGCGUCCACCAUGAAAUCUUACUUAAGGAGCAGUGGUCUCGGCUGAACAAUAUCGAGAUCAAGGGUGUGCCUAUUAAAACCGGUGAGAACCUAUUUCAGAUUCAUGAAGCUCUCUGCAAAGCCAUCGGUUUCGACGUCCCCAAAUCCCAAAUAGAUUAUAUCGCCCGAGUUCCCACGCAUAACUUGAAAGAUAAAUUAAUACACAAAAGAAGAUUUCAUUGCAACCGCUCGCGCUAA